AUGCAGCAUUCCCAGCCGAACAAGCAGCCGAUUUUCAUGCAAAGGCAACCCCCGUCGCCUCAACGCCAACAGCAGCAACAGCAGCCGGAGAGUCUGCAACCUGCAUCCAUGCGGCAGCGGUCGCAGAAUGGUCCCAAUCAGGAGGUCAUGACUUCAGGCCGACCUCUGGUUGGCGGUAGAGGCGGUCGAAAUCAGACUCCUGGCGCAGAGCCAGGCGCAAGCGCCCCCCCGCUCAACAAGAUGCGGAGAACCCACAGCGAGAAGCAGAGCAGCGCGGGGAUCGCACGGGCGGGGGGAAGCGGAAGCAGCUCGGGUAGCGCGGCGGAAGAAGCCCCGCCUUGGGCGCGGGGAGUGCCCAGCGGACCCGCAAGUGGCGCAGGCGGAACUUGGGGAAACGCAGGGGGGGCAAUGGGCGGAGUGGGCAGUCCUGGGCGCGGCGGCGGUGCGCCCGCGCUUGUGUCAAGUCCGCAUUACCUGCAGCAACCGCCGCCGCUGCACCCGCGGUCUGUAUCAGACGAGGACAGGGACAGGAUUUCCGCCAUGAAUCCCCCUGCGGGCGCAGUUGCUGCGCGAAUGGCUGCCGCGAGUAGGCUGGCGCAGGCGCAAGCGCAGGCGCAGGCGCAGAGGGGGAACGCGGAACGCGGGUCCGCGGAACGGGAGGACGGAUCCUCGUCUGAUGGGGGGGGGACUGGGCGGGGGGUGACUAGCGCGGGAUACCGACCCAUGCCGCAGUUUCAGCAGCAGAACAAGGGCGUGUUCAAGGCGGAACGGAGGCGGAGCUUGGAUCUUUGCACAGAGAAGGUGGGCUCACCAGUUAAGGGGGGAAUGCAGCGGAUUGGGUCGGGGGAGGCGCUUGUUCCAGUUCAAAGGGCAGGGCCGCGGUUGCAGUCAGAAGGGGGGGGGAUGGGAGCGGUGGAGGGAACGUGGGAGGCUGGCAGUGGCCAGCAGCAACAGGCUCAUCAAGCCGUGCAGCUGCAAGGGCAGCAGCAACAGCAGCGCCAGCAGUCAGGGCAGCAGCAGCAGGGUCAGCAGCAGCAGCAGCAGCAGCAGCAGCAGCAGAGCAUGCGGAGCAGCGCUGCUAGUUCGGGCUCACGUGUAAGAGAAGGCGAAAGGGAUAGCGUUGUUGCUGGUGCUGGUACGGGUGCUGGUGGUGGUGCUAGCGCUGGUGCUAGUGCUGGCGCUAGUGCUAGUGACAGAGGAGGGGCAGUGCAACAGCAGCAGGGUCCGCAGCAGCAGCAACAGCAGCAGCAGCAGCAGCAGCAGCAGCAGCAGCAGCAGCAGCAGCAGCAGCAGCAGGGUCAGCGCAUGAGAAGGCUGUCAGCGUCGUCUAUUGGCUCAGCUGCCAGUGAUGCUAGCGGAGCCUCUGGCACUCGGGGCGCAGCAGUUGUAGCGGGAUCUGUAACAGGAGUUGUAGCGGGAUCUGUAACAGGAGUUGUAGCGGGAUCUGUAACAGGAGUUGUAGCGGGAUCUGUAACAGGAGUUGUAGCAGGAGCGGGGGAAGGGAGUGCAAGGGCGGAUGGCGGAGAGGGAGGAGGCAGAAGUGGGGGAGGAGGUGGGGGAAGUGGGAGGGAAACCAGUGGAGGGGAAGGGGCAGCAGGGAACAAGCCACUCGUUGCUGCAACUGCGCCACACAUAGAAUCAGAGCCUGCUGGUAGUAUUACUGUGACCGUCUUACGUGCCUCAGGUGCUCCAGGUGCCUCAGCAGGUGCUUCAGGUGCUGCUGCAGCUCGGCUAGACAUAGACCUGUACAGCCCCCUCCCUGGCGGCAGUUUCAGCAGCUCCGGCGUUACCGCUCUUGCCACAACUGAUGUUCUUAACGGGACUCACAGAAACGAGUCAGCUACUAACGGGGAUGGCGAGCUAGACGCCACAGGGUUUGAAAGCGCGCCAAGAUCGAAAUCCCCCCAAAAAGGCAAGAAAGGGGCGAGGGGAGAAGGGAAGGUGCAGGGGAAAGGGAGGAGAGACGGAGGGGAGGGUUCAAGCGGAGGAUCAGCAGAUGCUCGUGAUUCGAGUGCAGGGGAGGGGGGGCGAGGAGGGGGCGGGGGUGGAAAGGGAGGGAAGAGUGGGGGAAAGAAGAGCGGGAGGACCAAGUCAGGGUUCAUGGCGGAGAUGGUGACCCACAGGCGGGCAGCGUCACAGGGCCAGGGGAAUGGCCUAGAGAAGGCGUCAGCCUCAGAGGCGGGCGGGGAGGCCAGCAAAGGGGAUCGUGUGGUUGCUUUGCCUGGCAGCUCUAGGGACGCUUGUAAUGCAGCUGACGCGCCUGAUGCUUCUGAUGCUGCGCCUGGUGGUGAUGACGCCCUUACUCUCUACAGAUCGGGAUCUUCGGCCAUAGGUCAAUUACAGCUGCUGGUGUCGCCAGCGGUCUUCUCGCGAGUCAUCAGCUGCAACGCUGCUGCCGCUGCUGUGCUGAGAUGCCCCAGCGAGGACAUGCUGUGGGGCAACUCCCUCUGUGAAUCAAUCUGCCCAAGCCACGUGCCUAAAUUAGAGGCGUGGCUGCUGCUGGUAGCGCAGAUGAUGCACUCAGCAGCGCUGCCGCCCCACCUGCACCAGAAGCCACCUCCCCCGCUACAGCUCACCCUCGCCAGCCAUGCCGGCGCUGCCGUCUCUGUCCAGCUCGUGGCUGUGCCGCCCCUCACCCUCUCCCACUCCACCUCAUCGUCUUCUUCUUCUGCUGCUGCUGCUGCUGCCGCUGGCGCUGCUGCUGCUGCUGCUGCUGCUGUGGGUGGUGGUGGUAGUGCUGCUUUAACUGUCCCACCGCCUGAACCUGGUGGGGAUACUGUCACUCUACUAGUCCGCGACUGCCCCUCCUUACCUGCACCUUCUACCUCUGCUGCUGCUGCUGGGAAGCCAACUGUUGGUGGUACUGCAUCUCUUGCUGGUGGUGCUACUGCCGACACUGCGGUUGCAGUGCAAAAGGGAGGAAGGAGGGCAAGUGGAGGGGGCAGCAGCGGGGCAGUGGGUCUCGCAGAUCUCUAUGCCGCUGCUGCUGCCACUGCCGGUGCAGCAGGCAGCGGCAAAAACCACCCCAAUAUAACCGACCUAUACACCCUUUCUGGGCCUCCUCCUAAUGCUCCUGCAGCAGCAGGGCCCCCCCUUCCCCCUGGUGCUGUGUCUCUGUCACAGUUAGGGGAGGAGGAUUUACAGGUGCUCAAGGCCCUUGUGAGGAAGGAGGUGGAGGAACAGGUGGGGCGGGAGGCAAGGCAGCGGGCGGCGGAAGAGCUGCAGGAGGAGCUAAAGACAAAGCAUGCUGCCCUCAUGGCUUCGCUGACAAGGGAGAUUGCGAUGCCCCUGAAUGCCAUGGCUAGUGUGUCAGACUUUCUUCUCAACUCUCGUGCGCUAACACCUGACCAGAGGUCCCUCGUACAGCUCCUCCUCUCCUCUGCUGAAAGCCUCUCCCAAACCCUCGCCCGCCUUCUCAAGUCCCCCGAGGCUGACCCCGAGGCUGUUCCCGAAUCUGACGACGAGGAUGACGAGCCUCCGAGGCUGGAGCUUCGGGAAACGGACCUGCACCGAGAGGUUAGGGAGUGUGUGAGGCUGAUGGACGUGCACGCCAAGGAGAAGGGCCUGGCCCUGCUGUGUGGAAUCGACUCCGCCGUGCCGCAGUUCAUCCUCUCUGAUGGCCCCGCCAUCCGCCAAGUGCUGCACAACCUCAUCUUCAACGCCGUACAGCACACCGACAGGGGCGACGUGACAGUGUCAGUGCGACUGGCAUCAGACAAGGAAGCAGAGGAGCAUCGUGUGAAGCAACGCCGCAAGGACAGCGCUGCUGUAGCCACCUUCUUGGAGAGACGCAGCAGCAGCACUCGCAGGGGAGGCGUGGGGAUAGGGGGAGGGGGUGGAGCGGGAGACGAUGGUGCGGGGCGGGACGGCGAGGCAGGGUCGGUGCUGCUGCGGUUUGAGGUGCGGGACACGGGCAACGGGAUUAAUGCGGAGCUGCUGGCUGCUCUUGUUCAAGAGCUGGAAAAGGUAGCAAGCCAUCCCCCUCGUCCCUGGCGUCCUUCCUCCUGGGUCGUCCCUUCGCCACCACAGGCCUCGGCACAGUGCACGCCCUCAUCUCCCACGCCCUCAUCCCCCCCCUUUCCCCUUCCCUCCUUCCAGAGCAAGCCAUCCCCGUCCUCCCUGGCGUCCUUCCUCCUGGGUCGCCCCUUCGCCACCACAGGCCUCGGCACAGUCCACGCCCUCAUCUCCCACGCCCUCAUCCCCGCCCCCGGCACCGCCGCCGCCGCCGCACUCGCAGCCAUCGCCCCUUCAAUCGCAGGGGGGGCAGCCGGGGGAGGGGGAGGCGGGGUAGGAGCUGGCGGGGGAGCAGGAGGAGGGCUGGGGACGUUUAGCAGGUCGAGUAGUUAUUCGAGUGCGGCGGGGGUGGGGGUGGUGGGCGGGUGGGGAGCAGGGGCAGUGCAGUUGCAGAGUGAGGUGGGGAGGGGCACGUCUGUGGUGUGUUUCCUGCCGGUGCCGCUCGCCUCGUGCCAGGAUAUCACUCCUGAGGACCUGAAUCCGCACCAGCCUCUUGAUAUGGACGUGUGGACGGAGCUCCCCAACGCACGCAUUCUCAUUGUCGAUGCAAACGACAUGCACCGCCAGAUGGCGCUGUCCAUGCUUCGCUCCACAGGGGUCUCCUUCGACGUUGCCAGCUCCUCACAGGAAGCGCUCUCGCUCUUUGAGCGCCGCCCCUUCGACCUUGUGCUGCUGGACUGCUACCUGAACGGCCCUGUGGACGGGUUCGCCACAGCCACGCUCCUCCGGCAGCUAGAGGUCGACAUCGCCCUGAAGAAACACCUCCGCAGGAGCAGCAGCAACCGAAGCAACAGCAGCAGAAGCCCCUCCGCUGCCGCCGCGGCUGCAGCUGCUGCAGCAGCAGCAGAGGGCCCAGGAACGGUGGUGGCGCGGGCGUGCAUUGUGGCGCUGACUCCGGGGACAGGGAACGAUGAGGAGGAGGAGGAGCGGUGCACGGCUGCUGGCAUGGACUAUUUCAUUCCCAAGCCGCUCCGACUGAGGGACCUCCACAUGGUCAUCAGGCAUCGUCUGGAGGUGCUGGCGCCCUACGUGCUCCCAGGUCACGCAGCCUCCCUGGUGCUCCUGGAAGCAGCCCCGUCCUCUGACGAAUCUGAUGAUGAGGAUGAUGACGAUGAUGAUCAUGCUGAUAACGAGUAUGGCAAAAACGAGGACAGCAGCACUGCCAGCAACUUGCAGGCGUGGAUGCAGGGCCUGGCGCAAGGCGGCUCGACAGUGGUUCUCAACCAGCCUCCCUUCCACCACCUGGGAAACCACCGGGGCAGUGCGGCACCUGAAGCGGCACCUGACCGGGCACCUGGGUUUUCACCUGGAGCAGCGGCAGCAGCAGCAGUGUCAGCGGCGGCGGCAGCAGGGGAUUUCGAGGCGCAAAGGCUGCUGAUGGCGAGUGCGAUGCAGUCUCUACCCCCUGAACUUGCUGGGGCUCUGCAAGGCUGUGACCCCGCUGCUCUGGCGAAUGCAUUGCAGGCUGUAGCUGCUGCUACCGCUGCUACGUCUGACCCAAUGCAUCAGCAGCAGCAGGAAGUGUGGCAAGAGCAGCAGGAGCAGCAGGAGCAGCAGCAGCGGGAGCUGUGGCAGCAGUUUGGCUUGUCUCAACAGGCGUUCUCAUCUGCUGCUGCUGCUGCUGCUGGCAUGGGCGGUGCUGCAGCUGGGGCGGAGGAGGAGAGUGAGGAUGAAGGGGGGAGUGUGGUUGAGAUGGAUGAUGAGGAGGAGGAAGAGCUAGCAGGGAGUGAUAGUGAUGGGUCGGUGGUGCAAGUGAGGGAUCCCAAAAAGCUCAGUGCUAAGAGCGAGUCAGGGUCUGUAGUAGAAUUCGAUCCGAAUGAGGCUCGUGAUUUGAGGAAGCUAAGUUCCAAGCGGUCAGACAUAGCAGGGGUUCUCUGGGAGCUGGGGAGGCGAGAGGAGGAGAUAGAGGAGGAGGAGGAGACAGGAGGGGGGCUGGCCGGAAGUGGGAGAGGAAGGGGGGGAGGAGGCAUGGGAGGGGCGGAGCAGCAGGGAGGGGAGAUGCGGGGAAUGACUAUGCAGGAGAUUUGGGCGCAGGUGUCGGCUCGGGAGCGAUUGGAAGGCACGCGCGGGGGCGAUGAGGGGUGCAGUGAUGAAGAGGGUGGGGACAGGGGCGAGAGUGCGGGGGCGAGGGGAGGGGUGGGGGAGAGGGCAGGGGCGGGGAAGGGGGCUAUGGGUCAUGAUGAGAGUGAGGAAGAGGAGGACGAGGAUGAGGAUGAGGACGAGGAGGAGGAAGCGGCAAGGCAAGCCAUGUUCGGAAUGGCAAAAUCCAAAACGUACACCUCCCGCCAGUACCAGCAGCAGCUGCUAGAGGAGGAGCAGCAGGAGCGGCAGCAGAGAGGAGGGGGGCAGCAGCAGGGGCGCGGGCACUUAGAGUCAAGAUCCCGCUCCCUGGGGCACGGAUUGUCGGCAGCAGCAGUGGCGGCGGCGAUGCGACCGAGCAGAACAGCAGUAACUGAGGCUCCCACCAUGGUGCCUGGGGCUACCAGGGCUGGUGGGCGUACUGUGGGGGAAGGGGGCCCUCCUCAGAUGUCUUAUCCCAUCCCUGCGGAGUUUACUUCGCCGUUCCUUCUUCCCCAGAACUUCACCACGCCGCAGGUGUUAGCGCAACAGGGGAUGGGCCGGGGAGGGAUGGGAGGGAUGGGGGGAGGGAUGGGAGGGAUUGGGGCAUCGGGUGGUGGUGUGUCGGCACAGUCAGCAGCAGCAACGGCUUUAAUUGCCUCUUUACUCUCCCCUCGUAACACCAACAGUGUGGGUGCCAGUGGGUUUGGAGGGGGUACCAGUGGGUUUGGAGGGGGUACCAGUGGGUUUGGAGGGGGUAUGCCCGCUCCCCUCUCCCCCCGCAUGCAAGCCUUUCAGGCUGCCCAGUUUGGGCUGUUCGGGCAGUUCGGGCAGAUGGGUUUCUCCCAAGGUGCCCCAGCAGGUUCUGAAGCUGCAGCAGCAGCUUCCCUGGCAGCCACAUGGCCCAAAGCCAAUGGCGGCCCAGGUCUGCCCGGAUCUCAAAGCUUGGCCGAGCCCGAGCCUGGCCGCCAGGGUCGGCGGUACGAGCGGCUGAGAGGAAGCAGCUCGGAAGAAUCACUCGAGCAGGGGAGUGGGAAGAGAGGAGGGAAAAGGGGGGGUGGUGCUGCUGCUGAUGAUGAUGAUGACGAUGGGGAGAGUGAUGAUGAUGGGGAGGAGGAAGAGGAGGAUGAUGAGGAUGAGGAGCCGACUUUGGUACGUACCUUCACAGUGAAAGCAUCUGGGGACCAGAUCAGGAGUCUGCUCAGGAGUAAAACGUCUGAGAGGGGAACGAGGGCAGCGGGAGGUGCGGGAGGAGGCUUGGAUGGGGACAGCGACGAGGAGGAUCUCCGAGCCUUGGUCCGAAGCAAGACGGCAGGUGCGGGGAAGGGGAUGCAUGCGGAAGAGGUGGUGUCGCUUUCAGCCCUGCAGGAGUUUCAGGGGCGAAUGAGCAGCAGAGGAACUGCCGCUGGCGGUGCUGCUGGUGCCGCUGGUGGUGCUGGUGGUGGUGGUGGGAUGGGUGGGAACCAGGAGAAGCAGGCAGCAGGAGGCGGGGCAAAGGCGUGGAAGAAGGAUUGGGAAGCGGAGUUUCUAGCGAGUGUGGGGCUGACUAAAGUGGGAGGCGUGGUGCAGCCACAGCUAGGAGGACGUGGGGGUGGUGGGGUUGACAUGGGGAGGGGGGGUCAGGGAAGGGAAGGGAAUAUGGACCGUUUUGAGCAUUUGAAAGGAGGGUUCUAA